AUGAUUAAUCGGUGCAUUUCAUGCGUCAGAAUCAGAGGUAAUACUCAGCAACAGCUGAUAAGUGACCUCUGUUCCAUUCGCAUUACUCAACCUGAACGAGCAUUCAUAAACACUUGGGUACACUAUGAUGGCCCCAUCAAUGUUUGCACCUCCAAAGGACGAGAUCACCAUUCCCACAAAGCCUGGAUUUGUAUUUUCGUCUGUUGUGCCUCCCGCUCAGUUCAUCUCGAGUUGGUUUCUGAUUACACUGCAGAAGCCUUCAUAGCUGCUUAUAUUCGCUUUAUUUCUCGUCAUAGUCUUUGUCGAACGUUGUCUACUGACAAGGGUACGAAUUUUGUGGGAGCAGAUCGUCAACUACAGGAAAUGUUGUCUGAGGCAUCAGCAGAGUUUACUUUGGUCGCUACAUACCUUGCUUCGCAUGGUACACAGUGGAAAUUUAACCCUCCUGAAGCACCUUACUUCGGAGGUUUAUGGGAAGCUGCAGUUAAGUCGACAAAAUUCCAUCUUCGUCGAGUCUUUGGAGACUCUACAUUGACGUUUGAAGAAAUGAUGACUCUUUAA